AUGGCGUCUAGUGCAGUCAAAAAAUUGGUACAGAACAACCCUGCCUUCAAGCGAGGAGCAGAAAUUGCGAGACAAGAGAUCUUUGGACAUGUUCCCCAACUGAAUGUACGAAGUGGAAGCAAAAUUGCAAAAAAACAAUUCACAGGAACCUACCUCGCGAAAUACUACCCCGAGUCAAUAAACAAGUACGCUCGAAUGGUUCAUGAGAAUUGGGAGACGGAGGAAGAAGAGUAUAGAAGAGUCAAGUUGACUCAACGAAGAAGGAAAGGAAAGGGUCCACCAAAGAAGGGCGCAGGAGCAAGAAGCAAAAAAAAAUAG